UGUUCACCUGACAACAAAGUAUUAUCAUUCCUUUUAACUCAACACAUUAUGGGCUCAGCAGAUGGCUCACUUACUCUGGUAAUCCAGCAUAUGGGCAAGAAAGAACUAGUGACAUUUCAAACAAGCACCACUCUCAGGGAGUUCCAACAGAAGGUUGAGGAGAUGACCAAGGUUCCAGCAUCUGUCCAGAAGGUUGUGCACAGGGGUCGGGAUUUAGCCAGGAACGAUCCUGACAUCACCCUGGAUGACUGCCGAGUCAGGCAUAAAGACAUCCUGAUGAUUCUGGGUCGGCCCGAGGACCCGGUGCGGGACGAGACGCUGGCGGCCAUCUGUGACCUGGAGACCCAGGCGGAGGCGGUCGUGGCGCGGCUGGAUGCUGUGUGCGGCGACAUGGAUGGCAUGAAGAAGGGCUUCCUGCCGGCGGCGCUACAGAGCGAGACGCGCGGCCGGCUGGAGCGCCGCCUGGCGGCUGUCUCCGAGGAGCUGAUGCGCCUGCUGGAGCGGCUGGACGCGCUGAGCGUGCAGCAGAGUGCGCCCGAAGUGCGGCGCAAGCGCAAGGCCGUGGUGACCGCCAUCAGCACGCAGAUGGACCGGGCCGACGCCGUGCGGGCGGCGCUGGCUGAGCGGGGCUCGUAGCGGGCUGGGACGGCCGCGCCACCGCCCGCCCCGCACACCGAGACCGAGAUCGGCCCGGGUCGGCCCGGCUCGCUGCACCGAGACGGGCCGUACCGGCUCGAGGUGUCCGCACCUCUCCCACGUCCGUCCUGUCGGUUCUCUGAUUGUUACAUCGGGUGGGGUGGGGUAAGGGGCCACUCCGCCCUCUCCCCUCGCGUGUUGGCUCGGCCGUGGCUUCUCUGGGCCGGCCGUUCACGACCUCCCCCGUCAUGCAGCCCCGGUCGUCCCGACUCUGUGGCCGGGCGCCGCCCGGCUCGUCCGCCGCGCCGCGGCCUCGGUCGUGGCGGUUCUGGCGGCGGCGGCCGGCGGUGUGGACUGCAGGCAGCUGUGUGGCGACGGUAACCGCGGCGUCCGGCGAGGACGGCUGUGCGCUGUCCGGACAACUGCCGUGUACAGGGCACUGGUGGUACCGCUCCGACCUGGGACCGGGACCGGAGCCGUGUGCGCCCUCUGUUCGGUGUCGGCGCUGGAGGGCAUUGUGAUCUGGCGGUGGUGUUGCUGGUGGCGGCGCGGCCUUCUCUGGUGCGCGACGGGCGUUGGGUGUGGUGAUUGGUGUUCACCACGCGUGCGCUCGUCAGUCACCAUCUGCGCUCGGGUGGCAGGGUGUCUAUGUGUUUGUGUGUAUGUUUAGUUCUGCGCUCUAACGAACACGCUCCGAAUCAGGCAUCUGCAAACUGUUCAAGAACGAUAAUUCCAGAUUCGCUGCUUCAGUGAAUGUCAGUUGGGACGCAAACAAUCUCAGAACGGCAGAAGUCGUCCACCGCGCCAAAGUGCGAAAUUUACUGCACCUCACUCUCAUUCCACACGGUUCAUAUGUUGCUACUGUCGUAAGACGUCUAGAGAUCGCAUCAUUUCUGAUCAUAUACUGGAGGCAGCUGGCGGACCAGACGGGGCGCCGCUGACCGCGUCGGGCUGGUGUCUGUCGUGGUGCAGAUGCACCCCAGCGGCUCUCCCAACAGGGCACAACACAUCUACCAUUCGUUAGAACAUGGCAGUGCAGGUCGGACGAGG